CUUGUCUCUGUAGAUCUCGCACUUUCUUCGUGACUGUACAGUAAAUUCACUCCCGAUAGUAUUGGCUUCCCCGCUGUCUGCCCAAUCUUCUACUCUUUUUGGCUCCAUAAUCUCGAUCGUCGCCGUUUCAGCCGCCUACCAUCAACCCUUCCCCAUUCUCGGUGCUUCUAUAGCCUGGCGCUUCCCAAGACCUCUCUCUCACUUGCUAUCCCUCUUAAACCAUUAGUGCCCAAACCUUACCUAGUCCAUCAUGACAGCCCCGGAAUAUCUCGAGCGAUAUAAACAGGUGGCAUCUAUAGAACAAGAUAAGAAUAUCCUAAUCGAGGAACUUUUGCAGCGUGUGACAGAGCUGGAGGCUGCCUUCCAGCAAGAGAAACUCGAUCAUGAACGUGAAACGCGGUUUAAUCGUGAUAUCCAGCUUCAUGAAAUGGAGUUAAUGCAGCAUAUCGCGAGGAUCAAGGCCAUUAUGGACCGCGAGCCCUUUAUAGUCGUGCUACUAGAUGGAACUGGCAUCAUCUUCAAGGACGAGUUCCUACAAAGGGGAGAAGAAGGUGGCAAAGUUGCAGCCAAUAAGCUUGCUGUCGCCCUGAAAGACUAUGUUGCCAGCAAUUUCCCGGGCCUUGAUAAUCCAAAAAUAAUCACGAGGAUGUACGUUAACUUGAAAGGUCUGAGUGAGAUGUGUGUCCGAGGCGUCAUUAGCACCGACCCAGCAUCGAUCGAGGGCUUUGCUAAGGGCUUCAACAAUGGCCAUCCACUGUUCGACCUUGUGGAUACUGGACUAGACAACGCACAUGACAAGAUCGCAGAGGCCUUCAAAGUCAACCUGUAUAACUGCCACUGUCAUCAAAUCUUCUUAGGAUGCGCCGACACCAACGCAUAUGCCCAGAUCUUGGUGGACAUAAUGGAAGACAUUGACCUAGUAGGAAGAGUAACCUUGAUCGAGGGCAUCACCUUUGAAAAAGAUCUGGCCAAGAUCAAGGCCGCAUACAGAGUCUCUCAGUUCCCAGAAAUCCUUCGAAAUACAAAAAUAACACCUGUCUGGGCCCCGUGGAAAGCCGCAGUAGCGUCCAAACCUCCUCCAGCUCUUACUCCAUCGCCGAAACCAGGCGCAGUGCCACUGUCACGAACCUCGACCAGCACGUCAACGAACGCUAGUACGUCUAUGUCUUCCACUUCUGCCAGGCCCUCAACUCCUGGGGAAUUUCAAGUGGUGCAAUCGAAAUCGGUUACCCCCGCACGACCCAAGAUCGUUGAACGAAACAAGUACGGUCAACGUGUAGACCGGGUUGACUUUAAAAGCAUCCCGCGAGAAGAGAUGAAUCGCCUGAAGAAACUAAAAUUGUGCAACCUUCAUUACCUCCUAGGAGAAUGCACAAUUGACAACUGUCAGCAUGACCACUCGCGCAGGUUGACCAAAAGUGAACUUUCAGUUUUAACUGCUAUCGCCCGCAUGACACCCUGCCGAUAUGGGCUAGAUUGCGAUGACCCGGAAUGUACAUAUGGGCAUCGGUGCCCUCACGCAGAGCCCGGGAAAAAAGAUUGUUACUGGGGUUCUAAUUGUCGAUUUGAUCCUGCCGCGCACGGCAUCGACACCAAUAUCGUUAAGUUAACCAAGGUCUAAUAGCAGGGGUAGGAUAAUUGGGGAAGCGAGCUCCAUUUUCUCUUUCAAAUUUGCAGCGUGAAUCAGGACCUGCAUUGCUCUAGCACAAAAGUUGUGUUUUCCUUUGGCCUUUGUAAUGGCUUCGCGCAGAUAAGAUUGGACAUUUUUUUUUUCACAAGUUUUGGCCCAUCAACACCAGAAUUCUUGUUUUGCUGGCGUGCUUCCUACACUUGAUUCUAUACUACCUUGCACAUGGUACAUAUCUUGAUGGAUAUCCCUAAAUUCGGUACUCAAUCUGUGAAAUUUUCUAUCAAUAUGACAUUUUCGACUAUCUUUCA